CUAAAAUAUAACAGAGUACCGAUAUUUCAAUGGUAUUUUAAUAUUUGGUUUGUGUGAAUACACUUAUAUUAUAACUUAAAUUGCAAAAGUUAUAAUAAUACUGUAUAAAGAAAGGCUGGAGAUCAUAUUUAAAUAGAAAGGAAAAGGAAGAUCAACAUGGCAUCUACUGAGGGAAUAUCUGAAGAUGCUUUAAAACAGUUGCUGGAAAUAAUUUCGGAAUGGUAUGACGAUCAGGGAUACACCAGUAUGCUGAAAGUUUUGUACAGAGAUCAUUUGAAAAAUACCCCACGUUUAAGAAAGGCCUCUGGGACGAUGGACUUGAUGAACUUGUUGAUUGCUUCUGGAAAUCUGCAUUCAAAAGAUCUGACUCUCCUCUAUGAUACCAUAAAAGUAACAGACACAUUGGGUUUGGAAAUAGAAAUUAAACAUCUUAUACCAUCAUGUCCAAAUUUUAGAGAUAUUACAAUCUCAAAAAUCACACCUCACAGGCAAAAAGUUAUGAAGCUUGGAAUGGCACUGAUUGAUGGUGAUAUAGUAAAGAUAAGUAGACUAUAUAACAAAACUGCAAAGAAUUAUACAGAUGCGUGGACUCUGAUUAUGGAUCUAGAACACCGAAGCAUAAUUUAUGAAGGAAAAAUGGAGGAAUUUAUUGAAAAUUUAAGAAAAAAUGGGCUUGUUCAAGCAGUAAAUGCUUUAACAUCAGAAGUAUGUGUAAAAUUAACUCUCAAGCGCAAAAGAGAUGCUUCUGGCUAUGAAGAUCAACCAAAUCCAAAAUAUGUUAUUGAUUUGUUGAAGGAGGUUUGUGAAUAUAAACGCACUCUACCAAUAAGGGAUAUACCAGAAUGUUCGGCCUUAAUUAGAAAACUUGACAGGUUUUACACAUCUAUCAGCUUAACUUUGGACGAAAUAGAGGAGGGAUCUAUUGUAUUUCAUCUAUUUGCACAAGAUUCUUCUGCUUUGGAGAAUCUCUUAAAAAUGCAUUUAAGCAGUAAGCUAAUCAAAAAUUUAGCAGAAAUACUAGUCCCAGAGAAACAUCUUAAGGAGUUUCUAGAUGAAUGGAUGACACACAUCGAUGAAACUGAAUACAACACUGCUCUCAUAAAGCUAAAGGAUACAGAGAAAGUUUCAACCUCUAAAACGUUCAAAAGUACAUCUAAACAAUUGUCAAGAGAUCGUGACGUGAAACAUAGUGUUGGAUCAGGUCAUGGUGAGUUUAAAUAAUUUAGUUAAAGAAUUGUUUUCUUUACAUUUAUAAAAAUUGUAAGAUGUAGAAGAAGGGCAUUCUAGAAAAAAAAAAUAAUGCUGUUAAAAUUAAAAGAUUAACGGC